UGGAAACGGGCUCCUACCCAAAUGGCCUCGUUGUUUAGAUAAAUCGCUGUGUGCUCUCUCUCUCAGAUUCCGGCAAUUUAGGCGGCGGCGUGGCCAUGGGGAAGAGUUUGUUCUCGUCGGAGCCGAUAUCGUUGAGGAUGGAUAGGAGGUCGCCGGAGGCGGUGAGGUUGCGAGAGGCGGUCUCCAAGAAGCUAUUGGACUUCCUCGGGAAUUACUCCGACGACGUCUUAGCGGAGUACAUUGUGGUGCUUGUUUGUAAUGGCAAGCAUCAAAAUCAAGCACGUGAUGACCUACAGGCAUUUUUAGGGGAGGAGAGCGGGGCAUUUGUAGCUUGGCUUUGGGAUUAUCUUUCCAAAGAAUUCAUUUUGAAGGCUAAUCGUGACCUCGCUGAUCCAGAAGCCAAAGUAACAACUAAUCAUAGUAAAAGUUUGGACAGGGAAAAUAUAAGUAGCAUUCUUGCAAAUCAUGAUGCUCAAUCAAUUGGGCCACCAAAGACUAAGAAUGGAUCAUUGGAACUGCCAACCUGUAGUACAACUUCAGAAUACUUAAAACCUUUUCAAUUGUCAGAGAAGCUCCAGCCUUGCUCCCCUAAUUUAGAUGAACGUUCAACUGAAGUAAAUAUGGAGAAGUUGAAGCCACAAGAGAUUGCUCUUCAGAAGAGUUUCGGUUCAAAGAGUGGUAAUUUCACUGCAGCAGCAAAAAAUAUGUUAUCUUCAAUUACGAGCUCUCAUGAAGUUUCACCUGUUGGCAAUCAGUCUUUACAUUAUGAACUUCAACACCGGAAGAUACCAAAAAAUGCUUCCAGUACUGUACCUUCUCAACGCCUGCCUGAACCAAAGACACAACAGACUGCAAUAUGUUUGCGAUCUGUCAUUGCAGAAGAACAUCAAUUGAGGGCUUCAUCCAAUAGAGAUUUUGCUGAAACAAGGCUGCCUUCAACUGCUAUGGAUGAUUUGUCGCAUCAAACAGUUCGUUUACGUGGCAAUGUUUGGGAUAGAUUAGGAAGGCCUCAUGUAGAAGAUAAACGACCAAUUCAAAGAGACCUAUCUGAUCAUCUUGAUUUAAUUGAAAGUGGAAAACUAGACCAUCGAGAAGAACCUCCAAAUCCGAGGUUGACAAGGAUUUCAUCAGUGGCUAGCACAACUAGUAGCUUAAAUAAACAUUCUUAUGCAGUUGAUAGAGGCGAUGUAGAAGGUGUAUCGGUUAAACUAUCUGGUGAGUGUAGAACUUCAGAUAAAAUGGUCGAUGGAAGUACAUUAAAAAGGAAGAGAGAGAUGGGUGAGCUUAACACCAACAAUGGGUCAUCCUGCAAGGAGAAUUAUCUUCAAGACAAAGGACAUUAUCAGCAUGAACGGCAUUCAAUUCCUGUCAAUCAGAACUGUCAACAAAGCGUGAACAAAAUUGCUAGAGUAGCUGAAUCUGAUGCAAAGUUUUGUUUUAUAAAUUCUGCUUAUACUGGGCAAGAUUCCAAAGCCUCUGUAGUUUCUCAAUCUCAAGUGAACAAGAAUUUGAUGAUCUCACCUACGGAGAAUCUGGUUCCUGUCAGCACAACAUUACCAACUAAUUCUAAAUCUCAGAGUAAAACAGAUGGUGGGAAAGCCAACCAGAAGCCUGUGCAAGAAGAUGUUCUUGCUGUUAAAUUAAGGCUUCAUCAGAUUGAAAUGGAUAUGCUUAAGCUUCGUUCAAAGCAGGCGGCACGUAGCACGGAUGGAAAACAAAACGUGUCUUCAGUUUUGCAAAAUCUGUCCGAGGAAGGUAUCGAGUCAAGAACAGUUCUGGUGGCAAAUGUACAUUUUGCUGCAACAAGAGAAUCUUUGAUUUCACACUUUGGAAAGUGCGGCACUAUUGCUAAAGUAAUAAUGUUAACUGAUGCUGUAACUGCUUUGCCUAAAGGGGCAGCAUACAUUGUUUUUGCGAACAAGGAAUCAGUUGACAAGGCAAUUUCCCUUAGUGGCACCUCGUUCUUCUCUCGGAUUCUUAAGGUUAUUCGAAAGGUUGAAGUUCCUCCAGAUUUCUUGGUUCCAUCGCAGUCUACUCUGAAGCAGCCACAGCCAUUUUAUCCUCAGCCUUCCCAUGGGAAGAUUCCCAUGCAGAAACCUUACACAAGCUCUCACCUUCAGUGGAGGCGUGACCAACGCUCCGGCGGCGAAAGCUCGUUAACUCCAUCGUCGAACGGGUUGGGUUCAUCAAAUUCUGGAAACUAGGGUUCCAGGUUCAAAAUUUUAUGCAGAAAUCUUUGAUGGAAGAAGGUAUCAAUAGUUAGCUUAGGACUAUUAAACCGAGGUGCUGGAAAUGAAGUAUCUUUCUGAGCAGCUAUUGCUUGAGAAGGAUUUUGGAACAAAUGCUAGAAAUAUUAUAUUGGAUGAAUAAUUUGUAUUGGUUCAAUUUUCUCGGC